ACCUCUUCAAGUCUUUGAAACACAUCAUCCAGCAUCAUCGAAUCAUUAUACUAGUAUUUUAAAAUAGUACUAGUAGUCUACUUGUCCAGAAGCCAAUUGCAAGGGGAGCCCAGUCCAGCACACAAAGGGCUUGCAAGUAUCUGAGAUGGGAUCGGAAGAGUUGGAAGGAGAGAAGCCAGCUCUGUUACGUCCUACAAUAAGCUUUUCACGCUGCCGAUCGUUAAAAUCCAAAGUUCGAUCCAACAAUGACAAGAAAGCUACCGACGCUACCAGCAAAUCGACUAAGACGGCCUGCAAACCAGAGUCGACGUUUACCUCUAAUAGAAAAACCCGUCGCCAGUCUUCAUCUCAAAGCAAGUUGGUAUCAAGGAAAAGGAAUAGAAAGAAGCAUGACUUGCCUGAAGAGUUGUUGCCAAAGGUCGAAGCGAAAUUAUCACAGGAUGGAUCUCGGCCUCCUAUCCCAUCCUUCAACCUCUCUGACAGCGACGAUGACGAUAUACCCGAAGCAGUAGUCUUCAGUAAGAAAUGCAAAGUGACUACUGGAACGACAGCGGCCAAAGAAAACACAGCAACAAUCAGCGAGAGCAUCAUCGGUUUGGACGCUCAAAAAGUUGCAACAAGCCAGGUUGCUGGCAAUGACGUCUUCACCUUUCAUGAAGGAAACGAUAACGAAAACAAAAAAGCUCCAAAUCAUGACUUGUCCGUGUUUGCCCGUAUCAAGACUCCCCACGACAAGUAUCCAACCAAAGCUGAUGGGGAGGAGAGAGCCUUCUCGGAAGAAAUGAAUCCGUCGGAAGUUAACGUGAAACCUCAGCCAAACACUGUAAAGGCUUCUCAAGAUAAAGACAGCAGUGCUCUUUGUACAGCCACAGAUGUUCAGUACCAGGGGAAUGCUUCUGGCGCUCAAGUAAUGCAAACCGAUGCCAAGGUUUCCAAGGAACUUCCUUUGACAUCCCACGUCCUUUCCAUUUCUGGUGGACCUGGCUCUGACAAUAAGCUUCCUCAGAAGACCAUGUUGCCAGUCGAGUCAAAGGGACAUCCCGCCAAGACACAGCAACAAACAUUUGUAGAGGCAUCCAAGCCGACCAAUACCAACCAAAGCGGAAACGCUGCGGCCAAGCAACGUGUCCUUCAGGCCCAACCUCCAGCGAAUCGAUUGCAAGGCACAAAGAACCAGCAGUCUCAAGGACAAGGACAGACCCCAUACGAGCAGGUUGUCCCACACCCAACAAACUACUAUUCGCACUAUCAGCUUUAUCAACAGCAGCAAAGAAGACUGCCCAAUGCUCCCAGUGGACACACCAGACCGGAUCAAAACUAUCAACAGUGGCAGUAUAGCCAUUGGAAUGGGCCGCCUUACGGCUCCUAUUAUUAUCCUUCUGUUCCGCAUCAAGCGUAUCCGACUGCGAGCCAAAAACCGCCAAAUCCCCAACCGCAACCUCAAGUUCAGAGUUUUAAGAAACAGCAGCAGAAGGAUGGCAUUUCGGCUGCCAAGCCAAAUCAUAGCGCUCACGGAGCACACGGGCAAUCCAUUGAUUUGACUGCGGGCAAUGCCAUUGUAACGUCUGGAACAGUGUUGAAGUCAACGAGAACCAAAAAGGGUACAACUAGCAACCAGCAACAAAAGGUUCCCAGCACAACCUUGCCAAAAAAAGAAGUCACCAAUAUGCAUUACCCUACCAAAACAACUCCAAGCAUAGGGCACAGAUGCAAGCUCUGCAAGUCGUGCCCCUGCACAGGAAACUUGAAGGGUGCGUCACGCAAAAAAACCUCGAAGCGGAGCGUGAACUCGUUACACGAUUCACAUGAUGCUAUCGAACAUACACUGAAAAAGCAGAUAGAGAACUAUGUCAAGGCGGCAGAAGAUAACGAGAACCAAGCAGACAAGCUUCGACGGGACGUCAAAAGGCGGAAACGCACUGCAAUUCGGGAACAAACGAAGUCCCUCAAAUUGGACCAGUUCGAGUCGGGACAGUACCGCUUUCUUCCGGACGGGCAUGAACUGGAGCAUCAGUUGGAGAACUUCAAAAGUGUACCUGCUGAAAAGGAGGUUGUCCAAAGCGCGAAAGCCAAAGUAUUUGGUGAUUCUUGCCAGCCCACUUUGACUCAAAUGUUCGGGUUUUGCAAUGGGAAGACCGGCAAGGAAACCGAGGAAGACGCAAAAACCAAAAAGAAAGAGGCUGAAGAUGUCAAAGGCCAAGAGAUUUCCUCAGGUGAAGAUGAAGUGGUAGUGAAGGUAUCGGAGGACAGCGAGGAAGGAGACGACGAGGGUGACGAAGAAUCGUCAGUUGACAUGUCGAUUGAGGACUACUUUGAUGACAACAAUGUAUGUGUUCCCGCUUGCAGGGUCGAAUGGAGAAGUGGAUCCAUAGUAGUGAACGACGAGCGCGAAAAUCAAAGGAGAAAGACGAACUACGGGCUCUGGGGUGCUGUGGUCGCAACAAUGCUCGAGAGGGAGAAACAGGACAACUACGAGUCUGGGUUUCUAAAGUUGGUUUCCAACCAAUCGAAUCACGCAGAGGACGAUCAAGGACUCGAACAUCUGCUGCAGCUGAUGGAGAAUGUCAACUCACAGUGCCCAACCCCAUCGAAAGGAACCAAAGGCACCCCGUCCCCUUCGAGGUUGCUCAGUCAACCCAACACCCCAAUUCUUACCCAGCGGGGAAAGCGGCUAGCAGAUGACAUACAAGACAAAAUUUCCGCCGAUACCCCUCUGCUGGCAAAUGUGGUCGCGGUGUGUCCACAAUGGAAAGAGAACGUCGCCUUUGCCAUGCAGCAAAGAGACCCCGACGAUAUUCAAACGGCACUGGACAAAGUUCAGCAAUCGAAAUCACGGUUGCAGAGAAUGAAGGAAGGCUUUCUAAAGGCAUUUGAACAACACCAAAGUGCUCUUGAUGUCUUUGAGACUUCGCUGAACCGCUCCCUGGGUAGACUUGAACAUAGCGAGACGCCGCCGCUUGUGGAGGUGCCGUUGGAAGCUGAAAGGGGGGCUGCGAGAGUGGUUGCAGAUGGAGACAGAGAUCUGGUACUGUACACGUAGGAGUCCCAGUUCAAGCCUUGAGCUAAGACUAGGAAGUCCAACUAACUUAAACUAUACCUGGUACCGGUAGACUACAGUAUAUCAACCAACCAGCCAACUUGAAAUCCUAAAAUACAUGUAUGUAUGCAUGUUGUAUUGCUUGCUAUCAAUAAUGCAAGGACUAUGGUACAUCAUACAUGUAGCAUGUUCACCGGUACCAUAUCAUAUAAAAGAUUGCCUUUCCCAAC